GUGGGCGUAACGGCUCCUUGUAAUGGCGACCGUGCCGUAUAUGUGCCUAGGUUUGUGAAAAUGAAGCGAAGAAGAAGUUAUUUCUUUAAGUGAAACGCCGAGGUUCCCAGGAGGAGGACUUUGCGUCUACAACCAUCGUCUCUAUACGUGGUAAACUUAGCUGUACUUUUGAACUUUUGUUCGCUUUAACAAUGAUGAAGCUCAAGUCUAACCAAACCCGGACGUACGACGGGGAUGGCUACAAGAAGCGGGCCGCCUGUCUGUGCUUCAGGGGCGAGACCGAGGAAGAGGUGCUGCUGGUAAGCAGUAGUCGACAUCCUGACAAGUGGAUAGUUCCUGGAGGGGGAAUGGAGCCUGAGGAGGAGCCCAAUGUUGCUGCUGCUCGAGAAGUGUGUGAAGAGGCCGGUGUAAAGGGGACUUUAGGGCGCUUAGUUGGAGUAUUUGAGAACCAGGAGAGGAAACACAGGACCUACGUCUACGUUCUUAUUGUAACAGAGCACCUGGAGGACUGGGAGGACUCGGUCAACAUUGGGAGGAAAAGGGAAUGGUUUAAAAUAGACGAUGCCAUACGAGUGCUGCAGUGUCACAAGCCCGUGCAGGCCACCUACUUCGAGGCUUUCCAGGAGAGUUGCCUGACCAGUAAUGGAACGCCUUUGGUGACCACGUUAGGCGGGGACCUGUCCCCUACCUACAGCAUCAAUCAGAGCUCGGUCUCGGGUAUCAGAUAACUAAAACCAUAACUGACACCUCCGGGAGCUUUCGCCACCACUUGCGCUCUUACUCGUGUCAUUUUCUCUUCUAUUCCUCUCUCUCUUCUCUUCUGUCUCAAUAACAUGGUUUGCCUUGCCAACUCCUUUGUGCCAGCACUGUGGCACAGACUUGAUGACAAGUGUCGGGUGAAUAGUCUGAAACACUUUGUAAAUGUAAAUGUAAUUUUUGAACCCCCAUUUUUUUUUUUUCUCUUUUUACUGAAAACUGCAUGAAAUGUCCCCUGAUCCUCUUUCCUUAACGCGCCCUUAGCGUGGUGUUAAUUGAAUGCAAGAACUACUUUUUACUGUUGUAAUGUAAAAGUGUAUACGUAGUGCUUAAGCUGAAGGCUUGGUGGUCUUUUUAAAGUCUCCUCCUCAGUUCUGUUUCUUUUGAAUGGAUGUGCUCAUUAGUGUACCCCUCCCUGUGAAUAAGGAUAGGAAGUGUUGUCUGUAUCUGAAUGGACAGGAUUGUUGGAAGUGACUUGUCUUGCAUGAGCACUGUAAUGUUGUGUCUCGCUCGAGAGACCUGAUGCUGACUGUAACAGACGUGUGGUAAGGUCUUCUUGGAUUCCUCUUCAUUUAGCUCCUUAUCGUGGUUAUCGAUGUCUCUUAUUGGUAGGAUACGGCCCCUCGCUAGUUUUUCCAAUUUCAACCGUCAUGUGUGUUUCUCUCAUAUUUGGGAAGCCAGCCAAGCACUACAGGUUUCACUCUCCAACAGAGCAAAUACUGUCAAGAGAGAAAGAAUGUCAACAUACAAUGUCAAAUGAACCACCUUCUCCUCAGUGUCUUCACCUCCGUUUUAAUCCCUUUUUCUUUUUUAAACUUCUUUCUCGGGACGGACUGAAGUCUUCCUCCACAUACUGAGAGGUAGUAGGUUUAAAAAAAAUCAUGGACUUGUAAUUUCAAAAUGCAGCACAUAUCACUUAAGUUAUUUAAACCAUUUCCAUAUGUUGCUCCUCACAUUCAGUUUGGUUCAAAGCAAUUGUUUACACUGUGUCCGUAACAGCACAGGUAACUCAUGGUCAUGAUUUCCCCUUUUCUUUCUCCCCUACCCUUUGUAGUAUUUAAUCUGCAUCCCCAAAACACCUGCUUGACAUCAAGAGUAAUGGAAUCUAUAAUGCUGAUGCAGAACAAACAAGCCUUGUACAGUUUGAGACCUCGUUUUUAACAUGUAAAAUGCUUUUGGAUACUAGUUUUUGUUUUUAUGUUUUUCUCUCUAACGCCUGGCGAAAGUCUCUUUGGCCGAGCUGCGUCACUCGAUGUGGCCCGAGGCAGCCGGCUCAAUACUGUGAAACUGGAGGCGCUGUAGAUAGCAUGUUAGAGGUUUUUAUUGUAAAUUGUUUAUUUCUGUAUAGAUCAAAGGUGAGAGUACAAAUGACUAAACACCUCUUUCACAUCUGUGAGUCUGACAUUUCAAUCGAGGCAGGAACACUGAUUGAACUCAUGGCUUUGGAGCGGGAGUUAGUUUAGAGAUAGCUCAGAGUGCAUCUGAGGCUACAGGACAAGGCCUGUGGUUGUUGGUGUCUGGAAGAGCCAAUUUCAUAUUGAAUUCUUUCAAAAUCCUUCAUUUAGUUUGGACUAAAACACAUGUGUCACACUUAGGGAAAGCUGUUCUAUGGCCAAGCUGAAGCCUGAGAAUCCAAAUCACUUCAUCAAUUAGAAGUAAAGGAGAUCUACUCUGUUAGCUGUUAACCUAUCCCAGGUCAGUGUGUUUACUCAUGAAGGGUUUACAGGGUCUUUCUCUAUUCCUUUGACAGGAUGCUGGGGUUUUCUGCCCCUUAUUUCAAUCUGUUAUUAAAGAUGAUGUGGACUCUGUAGCAGCAAAGAUCUGUAAACAUCCACAUAUCCGUUUAUUUAUUUUUUCCGCAAAGGUGUUGGUAGCUUUUCUUCUUUUACACAUCUGGCAUAUAUGGAGACAUGUAACAAUUCAUUUGGCUUUGUGUCUAUCUGAUAAUCCAAUGUUUACUUCACUUUUAAGCUCCGUUUCUCCACCAAUGAUUACAUUGUCUGCGCUCAGACUGCAGCAGUGAUCAGGUUUUAUAAUGCUAUGACUCAUGGGAGCAGCUCCUUUAUACAAUGGCAACAAAAGACAUCAUUUAUUGAUACCAAGCGGAAAUGUCCUCUACGCUAAGCAGAUGCAUAUUUAACAUCGAAUGUGGGCAGAAAACUCCAGUAUUAUGAUUUAAUCAAGACACAUCAAAGAAAUCCCUCAGGAGAAAUGUAAAGAACUGAAAACUAGUGGAUGGAAAGCUCCAAUAGACGUCUCUUAGCAGGAUGGAGGUGGUGUCUUAUUCAUGGGCCGUCUCCAGUAAUGUGGGGGCGCCACCCUGCAAGCUUCUGAUCCCUUUGGUGUCUGAAGGAAAACGCUUCCUGACUGACAGUACAUGUGGAAGGAGUCCAAAGUCUCCCAACAGAAGGAGACUUUGGACUGUUUUAUUGCUGUGCAUCAGGAAGGUGUGUUGUCCAAAGUCUUGCUUUAUGAGAGUUGCAUCAGAGUUCCUGUUUUCAGUCUUCAUUGAAAUGUGCAAACGGUUGUCAAGGGGAUAAACCUGUAUAUGGCUUUUUAAAAAGAAAUCUAAAACCUUUCUCUGAUUGAUUGGCAAUGAUUGAAUUAGUUGGAUGCGUGUGACAGGUACUGUCAAAAUGAAUGUGAGGAGGACUUCCACAGUAACAGCCAGUGACGCAAUAGUUAAUAACCACUUGAUCCAUCAUUUUCAGUUUUUCUUUAACCUGUUGUGCAAUUGUCAAACAAAUAUCUGUAUAUAGGUAACAGUACCGUUUCAGCAAGAGGACGCACCAUGGCUUCGGUCAGUAAUGAUUAGUCUUUUCUCUUUUUUUUUACAAUUCCCUUCUCACUCAAAAUGCAAGCACUUCCUGUCAUAGGUAAUGUGAUUUGGGCCAGGGUUCAGGAGGACAUCUAUGAAGUACAUGUCUCCAUAUGAGCACGUUGGAGUUAAUACGUUACUCCAGGGAGAUUUCGAUCACAAUUGUCUCCUUUUUGUGACAUUUAAGCUUCUAAACAUUUGAGGGGAAAGGAGACAAUGAAUUAUUAAAAGAACGAUUAGAGCUUAAGUCACUUCCUUUGAAUUGACCAAAGUUAAAGGUUUGAAAUUGCCCCAUCUUGUGGCCAAAGCAAAACCUAUUAAAAGCACAUCACUUCAGCUGAUUGUAACCGUUUCCUUUAUUGAUUCAUAAAAGCUGUUUUUUUUAAAGGUUACCCUAAAUACUAGUACAUUGAUAAACAAAGCAAACACGCAUGCACCUGACCUCAGCCUUGAAGUUACCGUCAUUUUGAUCUCCUCUCCAAGGUAUACCUGUCACUGGAACUUUUCUCUCCUCUUGUUAUUUGGGACUGGAACAAAACCAGUGCGAGAAGACUGAAGAUUGUAAUAUAAAUGUGCCAACAAAUAAACACCAGUAUUUCACAUUCA